AUGUCCUCUUCAAAGGAAGAUAUUAGAGUAGUUGUCGGAAUUGACUUUGGUACAACCUAUUCUGGAUACGCUUAUGCUCAUAAAUCUAAUCCCAAAGAAAUCUCUGCAGAAGAUAAAUGGUCAGGUUUCACGGAUUAUAAAACCCCAACCAUUAUAAAAUAUGAAGACGAAUCAUACACUAAUGUAAAAUCUUGGGGGUUUAAAGCAUUUGCAGACCGACCAAAAAAAAAGAAAAAUGCUGAUAAAUCUAUACCUAUAGAACUAUUUAAAUUAUUUUUAUUUAAAGAUUCUACGGAAAAAUCUUAUUUGCCCAAAAAUUUGGAUUAUAAAAAGGUUAUUACGGAUUACUUGAAAGAAUUAUGUAAAAUGAUUAAAGAAAGAGUAGAUUCUCAUUGGCAAAAUUUAGACUUUUAUAGUAAAGUGUUGAUUGUACUUACGAUCCCGGCAGAAUUUGAUGAUGAUGCAAUCGCAAUAAUGCGUGAAUGUGCUUUUUUGGCGGAAUUAAUGAACGAGAAAAAUAGUAGGAAUCUGAUAUUUACUACAGAACCUGAAGCAGCUGCGGUGUAUUGCUUGAAUUCUUUGGAAAAAGUUCACAAUUUGAAACCUGGAGAUUCAUUUAUGGUUGUGGAUUGUGGGGGUGGUACAGUAGAUUUGACAAGACAUGAAUUAUUACAAAAUAGCAGAUUAAGUGAAAUAACAGAACGUUCCGGUAAAAAUUGUGGAUCAAGUUUUAUAGAUAAAAAAUUUAUAGAAUUUAUUAGUCGUAAAUUAGGAAAAACUGUUGAAUUUUUGAAAACAAAUCAUUAUAGUUCCAUACAAUAUAUGGUACAAGAGUUUUGCAGACGUGUGAAAAUUCCUUUUACAGGACAAAAAAACGAGUUUCAACGUUACGAGAUAGAUUUGGAAGAAUAUCACUUAAAAGAAAUUGUCGAAGGAAAAGAAAAGCGAUUAUUAGAAAAAGAUGAUUGGCUAAUAUAUGUUGAAUUUAAUGAUGUUAAGACAAUGUUUGAUCCAUUUGUAGGAGAUAUCAUUAAAUUGAUGAUGGAUCAAUUAAAAAAUAAUGAUAAAAAGUGUUCUUCAAUCAUGCUAGUUGGAGGAUUUAGUGAAUCUAGAUAUUUGCAAGAUAGAAUUAGAAAGGAAUUUAACAAAAUUGUGCCGAAUAUUUCUGUACCGACGCAACCUAUUGUUGCGGUCGUAAAAGGAGCCGUUCAAUUUGGACUCCAAGUAGAUAUUGUGGCAAAUCGUGUUUUAAAACGCACAUAUGGAACGGAUAUUGCACGACGGUCAUUACCAAAUGAUCCACUUUCACAAAAACUACCAAAUGGAUAUACAAUAAUCUUUGAAGCGCUUGCAAGGCGUGGUAAACAAAUUUCACCAAAUGACAAAGUAAUUAAACAAUUUAAGCCAUAUUCGUUAAUGCAACGUAACAUUGGUUUUGAUGUUUAUGUUACAAAUGAACUUGAUGCAAAGUUUUGUGAUGAUCCUGGUGUUAGUUUACUUCGUGAUUGGGAAAUUGAAUUGCCUGAAAUUGAUAAUUAUGAAGAAGAUACGACUAUUUUAUUAACUUUAACUUUUGGUACUGUAGAAAUAACAGCUACCGCUGAAAAUCAGAAUACCG